AUGCCGUCCCAAAAGUCAUUCCGCACCAAGCAGAAGCUUGCGAGAGCCCAAAAGCAAAACAGACCCAUUCCACAAUGGAUCCGUUUGAGGACUGGUAACACCAUCCGAUACAACGCAAAGAGACGUCACUGGAGAAAGACCCGCAUCGGUCUGUAG